UUCGCGUUAUCAACUUCCUAAUUGAAACACGCGUUUUGAGAGAGAGAACUCAGCUCCGAGUCAGAAAUGAACAUUAUACCGUGCUUAAAAUGGGUUCAGCGCGGAGUAGCCAAGGCUAUUCCUGAUAAAGUUAAACUGAGUGAAGAUGAAUUAAAACGAGUUAUAGAAGACACAAAAGAUAAAAUUGACCUUGUUGAUGAUGAAGAUGAUGAUGGAGAGGAUAUGGAGGAGGAGGAAAUUAGUGAAGAUGACAAACACGGUGCUUCUAAACGUAAAAUGGUCGAUGAUGAAGCUGACAUUGAAGCAAAAUAUGGUCUGGCAGACUAUGAUGAUGAAGAUGAAAAUGAUGUGCUGAAGGGCAUUGGUGAUCUGACUUACUACGCAUCAAAUGCAGAAGAUCCAUAUGUAACUCUAAAAGAUGAGGGAGAUAGCGAUGAUGAAGAUUUUGAAAUCAAAGCCACAGAUAACCUGAUAGUGGUAGGGAAAGCAGAGAAAGAUUUCUGCUGUUUAGAAGUGUAUGUAUAUAAUGAAGAUCUUGGGAAUUUGUACGUCCACCAUGAUAUUUUAUUGUCAUCUUUUCCUUUGGUCGUGGAGUGGCUGAAUUAUGAUGUUGGAGAAGACAAACCAGGAAGUUUUGUAGCGGUGGGGACGAUGGAACCUGAAAUAGAAAUCUGGGACUUAGAUGUGGUAGAUUCCUUAGAACCUGUCGUAGUGUUGGGAACUAAGGCCAAGUCAAAAAAGAAAAAGAAAAAAACUGAUGGUCACACAGAUGCUGUUCUUGAUUUAGCUUGGAAUGCUGAUGUUAGAAAUGUUCUUGGAAGUGCGUCAGCUGAUUGUACGAUAAAACUGUGGGACUUAUCGGAGGGAAAGCCGGUGACGACCAUCAUGCAACAUGAUGACAAGGUUCAGUGUCUGGCCUGGCGUCCAUCGGAUUCAUCUUGUCUCCUGUCUGGAUCUUUUGACAAGACAGUGAAUAUGUAUGACUGUAGAAAUCCCAGUAAAGAUUAUAAAACCUGGACUUUAAAUGGUGAAGUGGAAAAUAUCCUGUGGGAUAAAUUCAAUCAGUCCUAUUUUUAUGCCACAACAGACAAUGGGUAUGUGUUCUACAUGGACAGUAGGCUCCAGAAGCCGGUGUUCUUACUUUCUGCACAUGAUGAGAGUGUAACAGGGAUUUGUCAGAGUUCGUCAGUCCCAGGCUUGCUGAUUACCACCUCCACAGACAAGACGAUGAAAGUCUGGGAUAUCCAGAACAACAAGCCCUCCACAGUUUUGGAGCGAAAUCUCAGACUGAAUCAGUUGUUUUGUGCUGACGUUUGUCCUGAAGCACCAUUUGUGUUUGCCAUCGGCGGAGAGAAGGAAAUCAAAGUCUGGGAUAUUAGGGAAAGUGCAACAGUGAGGAAACAUUUUGCAUCUAGGGCACCUGUUGGUGUGACAAUGGAAGGAGAUGAUGAUGUGAAGGAGGAGAUGGAAGAAGCCAUGAAGGGAAUGAUGAUUGACAAAGAGGAAGAGGAGGACGUUCAAACUCUGCUAGGGGAAGGGGCCACAGCAGGCCCCUCAACCAAAAAGAAGAAAAAGAAGAAACGGAAAUCUCAAAAGCAGAAUUAAUUUACUAUUGUGUUCUGCUUUCCGGGGGGGGGGGGGGGGGGGGGGGGGGGGGGGGGGGGGGGGGUAGCUAAAGCUAUGCUAAUGGUUUGAUUGGUUGAGAUUUUCAAAUAUGGAUACAGUCAUGUUACUGGUUGAAAUUAGCUUCUGUACCCAUGUCAUUUAAAUUUUGUUAGAAUGUAUGUUAAAGAAAUAAAAAUAACAAAUUUAC